GGGAGUAAGUCUCAAGGACAAGGUCACUAAUCUCUGUCGGCUGGGUAGCAGGACAUGUGUGUGCUUAUGGUUGUGUAUGUGUGUGUGUAUGGUUGUGUGUAUGUGUGUGCGUAUGGUUGUGAGAAGUCAGUAUAAAAUUAAUUGUUUUGUAUUCUUGACUGUGUGUUGUUGUGUCGUUAUAUGCCAAUGUUUCCUGAGGCUAUGGUCUUAGGAGAGGACUUAGUGAAAUUUGGCAGUUUUAUAAGUAUAAAUCUACCAAAUUAAAUAAGGCCUGGCAAUUUUUGUUUGUUUUUGCCAUAUGGUUUACCACACACACACACACCAGCAUGCACACACAACUUACUGGUUAUGAAUAUGGGUUAGUGCCGAGGUAUCUUAAAGGGGCACACACACACACACACACGAGUUUUAAUUAAACGUGAAUGAUUUUGAAUAGAAAUGUACUGGAAACUUAUUGUAAACCUGGGAUACGAAAUGUAUGAAAUGUUUGACUAUUUCAUUAAUUAGUCAAAUAUAGUAAGACACACUUCUUUGAAGGGUUUGUAUGACCUCUGUCCUGACUUUCCACUGUGGUUUGAUCGCCCUCAAUGGAAAGCCAUUCAGAUGAUGAUUUGAAGGUCAUUUGUAACACUGAUAUUUAUGAUGAAGUUCAUAGUUCAUAGUCAUAUUUGUGAUUUGGACCAACGGGAAGAAGGAGAGGGCGUUGCCUUUGAGGCUGCAUUAAGACUAUUUUCCUUUAAUCGUAUGGGUACAAUGUUUUUCUUUAUGGAAUUAUUAAUGGUAGUGAUUCUUAUUCGAUUAGAUUUUUUAACACAUGACUCACACUGGUGUGAAUUACCAGUCCUCUGAGGUUUUGGAUUGAAGUUUACACACCUUGAGUGAUAUGUAGAAGUGUAUGGAGUGAUAUAUGAAGGAGUGUAUUGUUGUGUUGUAUGUUCUGUUUUGUUUCGAUACAAAUCUCACUAGAUUGGGUCUGCUGGAUUGUUGGGAUUUCUCACGAUGGGUUAGAGAUCUAACUUCCUGAUCCUGUGGCUCUGCGAUGAAGUUGACAGUGUGAUGGGGAAUGUAAGCCAAUUUGAAAAAACAAUUCAGCAGAAUGUGUUGUUAUUCUCUUUGACAUGUGUUUAGAGAUUUGUAUUAGGAAUAAAUGGUAAAAGUAAUAAUUUGUCAUAUAGUCAAUGCUUGUCUGGAUUUCCUGAAUCAGAAAUGAACUAAACUGUUGUUCUGAUCUCUCUCUCUCUCUCUCUCUCAUAUCAUGAAAAGUGACGUCAGAAGGUGUCUUGAUGCAUGGCAGGGAAAAUUCGGCAGAGAACGGUGUGAACCUCAAAAACCCCCUCUAACCGUCUGAAGAAGUGCAACAAAAGCGUUCAAUACGGCCCUGUCCACACCACUUCCACCAAAAGACCUGAGCCAGCAACCGGUGUACAGCAUCCAAUCAAAGCUAUCAACUGGUUCUUCUCUUGUGUCUUUUCUCUCGGGAGUGUGACAGGAGUCCACCUAGAGUGAGCAUGGAGGGAGAUCUGUUCCAGUCUUCUUUCAUGUUGCUGGUAUGCUGGUUGACAAAUGGACAAGACAUAAUGGGUGGUAAAGGUGGUGGCAGCCCAGGUGAGACAUUAUCAGGGGCCAUCCACUUUGAAAUAUGAAGCUAUCUGAAAAACAACCAAUGAAGAGACACCAGGAGAAUCAGUGCCUGGUUAACUGCACCCAUAAUUGAUUUAGAUUUGUCUAAAAUUGUUUAUUUUGGGUAUAAGGUUGAUUGUAGAGAUCUACACACUGCUACAUGUAUAGUAAUUUAGAUUAAGAAUGCAUUAAGAUAAUGAUCUGUAAUUAUAAAUCAUGAUAAGAAAGUUAAUACAAGAAUUAUAGGUUCAUUAUACUGUAUGUUAAUAUAAAUGUACAUUCUGCCAAUGUUGGUGUAUGCCAAAUUGAGGGUUCUAAUCACUGAACAAUGUCAUUCUAAAUUUGGGUUGCAUAAUUAAUUAGGUUUUGAUUAUGAUUUGGAAAUUGAAUGAUUUUUAAAACUGACGGAUUGAUUGGUGAAUGGAGAGGGUGAACUCUGACCCGGAGAGUGGAACUGAUCCUAAUCUAUUUGAUUUAUAUCCAUUACCAAAUUACAUUUGUGAUGAUAAUGAUAAUACUCAGGAACUAUAGCACGUAUGGUACUAAUGGAUGGUGCUAAUGGCUAGGGUGAAGAGGGUGAACUCUGAUCCGGAGAGUGGAACUGAUCCUAAUCUAUUUGAUUUAUAUCCAUUACCAAAUUACAUUUGUGAUGAUAAUGAUAAUACUCAGGAACUAUAGCACGUAUGGUACUAAUGGAUGGUGCUAAUGGCACAUAGAGUCUAUAGGAGUGGCCUUAUAAGUAGUGGAAUCAUGAUGUUUGUUCUGGGUCAUGUUCAUUGGGCACCAACGCAAUACAUUUGACUUAAACCGGGAUUCACUACCUGGAUUUGUCCAACAAGAUAUGCUAAUUUGUGUUCCUAAAGAUGGUGUUAUGGGGAUGGAAAUAGUUAUUUCCACCAUGCUGACCAAUGGGGGUAUGCUCAGUAUCAACAAGAUGAUUUCUUUCAUACUGAUGAAAAAUGUACUCUGAUUUAGAUUGCUGGUCAUUUGUUAACAACAUUCUAAUGUUUAUAUCAUUCCCAAAUGAAGGAUCAUUUUAUGUUUAAGGUUAAAGGCCGUGUCGCAAGCGAUGAGUAUUGACGUUUCUAAACGUUAAAACAAAAGCGUCUCGAUUGUAGUUCACAUGAGCUAGUCGUGGGCAAAGCUAACAGCUGCUAACUGUAGGCAGAAGGCAGAAUACUGCCGAGAGUUUGAGACCUAGGAGCCCCCCGGUGAGUAGGCCUGAAGAGAGAAAUCCAGAGGAUGAGUUUAAGUUAGGUAGGAUUUCUUGCGUUUAUUGCUAUGGUCAUUAAAUUGUACUGCACUGAUGGAGCUUAAAUCGCAGAAAGUAUAUGUGGCAGUGGCAGCAGAACAGACAUUUUUGGGUGUAAGGGUUUCUCUUUGCAGAAGAUCUACAGUUGGUUUUAAGAGAAAGGUUCCAUCCUCCCAGGCUGGUGUAGGAUCUGGUAAGGCUAAAGUAGUGGGAUAAGGGUGGUGUGUUUAUGUGUAGAGUUAGGUGGAGGUGCGAUAAAAAAAAAUAAUCCUUUCCACUUUUUUCUGACAAUGUGCAAUUCACACUCCGACCUGUGAAAGGCAGCAAUACGCAACACAACUAGUCUGCCGGAAACUCACACGAAGAAUUAACGGAAGUGAAAAGUGACAAAGAACAAUGUCCACGUUAGUGUUUUAUUGUUGUUAUUUAGAUGUUAAAAUAUAACUAAUUUAACUGCACAGCAUCACAUACUUACCCCAUAUAGUGUUUAAUUCACGUUGGAGACAGGACUUGGUUGAUAGACGAUAUUUAUGUAUGUACCGCAGGUUAGUUAGCUGCUAACAAUGGCUAACUGUGUGGUUUUUCACACUCAAAUAGCUUCCAUCAUGGAGGUGCUAGCGAAUGCAGCCGUGGCAGAGAUUUGUAAACUCGUAGACGACGACUAUGCAGUGUUUCGUUUAGAAAUAACUCAAAGCCAGAAAGAAAACAGGACAUUACGAAGGAAACUACUGGAACUGAAGGUGGCACGAGAGCGCACAGAGAGGACAAUGCGAGAGCGCGUCCUCGCCAGUCGUCCCAGUAGUGUCAAGAUCCUCGACCGAUACAGAGGAAUGGCAAGAGGUGAAGGAAAUCUCACUGGAGGACACAGGAGCUUUGUGAAGCCAGUGGGACACAAUACAUGGAGAGAUGACCAACCAAUCACUGUAGAUGAGGGGAGUGGAACCACAACCCAGAACGUUAUCGUGAUAGAGGCUGCAGAUGCAGAGACUGCAGGUCUUGGGGUCAAGCAGGAAAGGUCUGAAGGAGAGGAGGGCCAACGACACAGCAGAGACAUCCAGACUGGAUCGGCUGGAGCGCCAUCUUUAGCCACAGCAAACCCCACCACCGCCACCACGCAGCCCAGGACCAGAUGCAGCAUCACGGAGGUCAGUGGAACGCUGAACAGCACCCGCAAGUCAGAGACCGACACCAAGGCUUUAACUGUAACACAGAGACCAGAGAGCCCAGAGAGACUGGGGCUGGGGAGACUGGACUGUCCUCCUGCUCUCGGCUCAGAGUAUUUACUUUACGGUAACCCAAGCCUGAGGACGGGUCAUUCCCAUCGAGACGCAGGUGAUGUGUUAGAAACUGGCAAUGAUCCGUCUUGUUCUUACACUACAGAGAUGGACCCUGGCAACAUUCCCUUGGAUUUAGAGACACACACUGAUCUGUCUAGAGGGGACUGGAACCAGUACAGUGGUACUGUAUACACUGAAGGCUGCCGAGAUAAGAAAGGGGAGGUUAUAGUGGUAGAUGAGGUGAAAGUGGAGGGCGACGCUCCUCCCACAUGGAAUGCAGAUACUCACUUAGGAGAUGGACUCUCACAGGGCAGAGAUUUCUUAGAUUACAGGGAAAGCUUAGAGACUAAUCCAAAUGUCACGACACACUCCCCUUUAAAUGACCUCACGGAUCGCAACCGAGUGUCCACGUCGAUGUGGCCUUCCGAUUCACACGGCUGCGUCAUUUUUGAUCAGGUAUUGAACUCAAACGACAGAGCUAGAGCCCAGGCUCAGGGAGGAGGAGCCACAUCAGGCAAUAGUAAAGAGAAACGGUUCCUCUGCAUGUUUUGUAACAAAGGCUUCAGCUGCCCCCAGAAAGUGGAGAUCCACCAGAGGGUCCACACAGGGGAGAAACCCUUCAGCUGUACCCAGUGUCACAUGCGCUUUGCUGAGGCUGGCAACCUGAAGCGGCACCAGAGGGUCCACACAGGGGUGAAACCCUUCAGCUGUACUGAGUGUCAUAUGCGCUUCGCCCAGGCUGGUGACCUGAAGAGGCACCAAAGGGUCCACACGGGAGAAAGGCCAUUCGCCUGUAAUCACUGCGGGAAGAGGUUCUCUGAGAGGAGAUACCUAAGGAUACACCAGCAGAAAAUCCAUUCCUCUUUAACAUAAAAGUAACCAUUCCACUCGAUAGCUACCUGGCUAGCUAAGUAAACAACAGCUGGAACGAUCUAGCUAGCUGUAAAGUUUUCAAGUAUCCCCACUAGCUGGCUACUAGACAACCAAUAUAACAGUUGGGCCUAAAGCUUUUUGUUGGGACCCAAGACAAGCAACUCUUGCCUGUAUCAGUAUUGGACACUAGCAAUACUGUGGACCAAUACUUUUAUAGCAAUAUAGCUACCUACUGAUAUAAUGGCCCAAUGUAUUGCACAUUGUUUUGAUAAGCCGGUUAGAAUAAGGCUGUCAAAUCAUAAAUCAUAAUCUGUACCAAAUGCAUUGCCUAUCAAUUAGUGCUGGGCGAUAUAUAGAAUUAAUUUGAUUCAUUCGACUUCAUGUUUUUGUGCAAUAUUCCAAAUGCCUGUAUCGCAUUUGGAGUAUUGCACAAGUUUUUAGUUUGAGUUUUUCUGAGCGUUUAUGUCCCCUUGUUCUGAUGUUGUCUUUUUGGUCUCGUUCGCUCCUUCUGUGCUGUGCACCUUUCCAUUUACACCAGAGAUCGGUAUAUAACGACGAGAUGCUCAUGUCUCCCCGCCCUAACAAUGGGGGGGAGUCGUCCCAAAGGCAGAAAGGCAGGGGACAAGCUUAGGGUCAAAAUAAGCGCAUACAAACGCAUUUGGCUUAUUUUGGCGAGAGUGAAACCUCUCCCUUCUCCUCUUUCUCCCAAGCCCCUCCCCCUACCACACACAACAAUAAAGAUGAGAGAUCACUUCUUCCUCUCUGACAAACGGUUUCAACUCGCUAUUUGCAUUUGAGGUUUGGUCCAACAGAAUCGGUCAUAUGGACACCGAAACACAUGGAGACAUUAUUUUACUGUAAUAGAGGAGAAGGUAACCUUUCGACCCCUGUUUAUGUUUCAGCUGCUCAAAUUUCGAGCAGAGUAGACACUGCUAAAACGGAUGUACCAAUGAACAUUCAUUCUGGAAAACGUACGCUCAGUUUGUCAUGCGCAUAUUACGGUACCACGUAUCGCUAGCAGCAUUUUUGUCAAAUAAAGAUUGUUUUACUAGC